AUACUGCAAGAUGCUCAACUCUAGCAGCAGCUCCUGGGGCACCAACUGCAGCCACAGCACGGUGAUCACCAGCACAGUCAUCCCGCUGCUCUACUGCCUCAUCUUCCUGGCAGGGCUCUCCCUCAACGCCCUGGCAGCCUGGGUCUUCCUCUACGUGUCCAGCACCAAGAGCUUUAUUGUCUAUCUCAAGAACAUCGCUGUGGCUGACCUGCUGAUGAGCCUGACGUUUCCUUUCAAGAUCCUGGCUGACUCAGGACUCGGCCCUGCCGAGCUCAGCCUGUUCGUGUGCAGGUACUCGGCCGUGGUGUUCUACAUGAACAUGUACAUCGGGAUCACCUUCUUUGGCCUCAUUGGCUUUGACAGGUACUACAAAAUCGUAAAGCCUUUGUUCACCUCCUUUGUUCACACCGUCAACUACAGCAAGGUGGUCUCUGUAAUCAUAUGGCUGUUACUAAUGAUUAUGUCAUUUCCAAAUAUGAUUUUAACUAAUGAAAUCACUAAAGACAAUUACUCCAAAAAAUGUAUAGGUCUUAAAAGCAAACUUGGCAGACAGUGGCACAAAGCAACAACUUAUAUUUGCACUGGGAUUUUCUGGAUUGUUUUUUUCCUGCUAAUCGUAUUUUACACUUCUAUAUCCAAAAAAAUAUACAGCUCUUACAAAAAAUUCCAGAGGAGCUCAGACACGGCCAAGAGAAAAACCAGCCGGAACAUAUUCACCAUCAUGUUUGUGUUUGUCAUUUGCUUUGUGCCCUACCACCUCUGCAGGACCCCAUACACCUUGAGCCAGACCAGCUCCCAGUUCACCUGCCAGUCCCAAAAAUCGCUGUUCUAUGCCAAGGAGUUCACUCUGAUGCUGUCUGCAGCAAACGUCUGCCUUGACCCCAUUAUUUAUUUUUUCCUCUGCCUCCCCUUUAGAGAAAAGCUGUAUCAAAAACUGCACCUCAAGCUGAAAGCUCCAAGUGAGGUUGAAAUUUCUAAAUCCAGAAGAUCAAAUACGCUUCGGGAAAGCACGAACAUAGUGUAGGUUUGUGUUUCCACAAUAAUGCACAUUUCAGGAAGUUAUUCAUUAACACAAAUGUCCCAAAGAAACAGAGCACAGGACAACCAGCAACAAGCAGGAGAGGGGUUCAGCAAAACACCAGGUGCUACUUCUCUGCCUAAACCCAGUACUGCCAGUAUAUUCACUACGCGCCGUUCCAGCUGAUGCCCUGACUGCAGUGGGGUGUGACACGGCCCCUCUGGACCUCAGAAACACAGAGGAGAACCUGGAACAGCACAUUCUGGAGCUCCAGGCCAUGGUCUCUGAAAGGACCAUCCCACAGACCCAAAACCACCCAGUCUGCUUCUCUGGACUCGCAUGAACAGAAACGGGUCCACACCAAACUGCAGCAGCUCCCUCACUGCUGGGGCAGCAAGAGGCACCACGGAGCUGUCUGGGAGCACACAAGUGCAGCUGUGUAAAAACUCUGGUACAUUUAAAUCUAGAAAGAAUGGUUUGCUGGUUUUCCCUUUAUUUUUAUACAGCAGUAAAGCAUUUUUGUCUGUAGCAAGGUAACAGCCAAAGGCGGCCGACAUGCUCUAUGCAAAUAUAAUCUCUGUUAUAACUUUAUUUUUCAGAGCAGCUUUUUUAAAUUGAUUUUGUUAUUGUACAGGAAAAACAUACCAGGGCCUAAAGUAUCCACUAAAGCUUUCAGAGAGUGGCUCUGGAGCUGAAUGUCUUUAUUUUACUUAAUAAUGAAGCUUUAGGAACAUAAAUACCUUUCUGCCACUGCUUUCUGUUUUAGUCCAAACAGAUCUAAGGGUGAAUUUUUUAAAAAAAAUUUGGUGCUUUCCCAGCACAUCAGGCUGGGCUCAGCCCAAGCCAGCUCCUCACACACGCAGGAACUACUCACCUUCCAAGACCUGCUCUCUUCCCAUAACAGUUCUGCAGGAAGGGCAGACCAUUACACAGCAGAGGUUCACCAAACCAUCACUUUGUCCUUUUAGACCUGGAAAAGUUCCCUGGUCUGUAAACUGACUCGGCAGAAAAGGGGAGACUGACUGACAGAGACACACAGACAGAAACAGCUCCAGUGCUGCAGUUUGGGCUUUAAAAACCCCUACAAGCACAGGAAAUCAGCUUUGCGUGAGCAGAGCACUACAAAAUGAGUCGAUGUUUGCUCACAACUGGACACGGGAUCAUUCCAGAUUAUUAAGCUUUGCAAACAUUUUGACAAAUAUGGUCUGAACUUUCAGUUCAUGACUAAACCUAGAACCAGACAUUCUUCAUCCGUUCCUCCACAAAGCUCUGGUGCAGGGUUUGUAAAUUCCUGUCUAUUCUCAAUUACAACCCAGGGCCACCAGUUGGAGUUUCUGUAUUGCUGUCAGUACCUCACCCCCAGCACGGGUCAGAUCUUUUCUCAUGGUUUCCCAAACCAACCAAACAAAAAAUAAAGAUUUCCCUGACUUCCCUAAUGUAUCAUGUUAUUUUUAAUAGUCCUUGGAAAAUAUCCAAAUAUUUAGAAUGUUCGUUGCAAUCAGCAGAACCCCUAGGUGUCUUCAGAUCUGCCAACUAAGGUGUAACUGUAAAACAAACACCAUGAGAUCCCCAGAGCCUGGAAUUUCAUGCAGGAGUAUUAAAACAAAUGAGGAACAGCUACAUUGCAAAGUCCUGAUUUCAGACGGAUUUUAAAUGUGAGAUACACGCGGGGAAGGGGGGAAGCAGAGUUCCAGACUUACAAAAUCAAAAGCAAAGGAACUGCUGCCACACAGUUACAGCCCCACACUCCUCUCCCCCAGAACAGGAAAGAGUGGGCUCUGGGCUGUCCCGCGGACACCUUUUUCUUUCUGUCACGGCUCUUCUGGGUAAUUCCCACGUGAUUCAGCUGUUUGAACGCCGGGUUUAACUGCGUCAAUCAGCCCCUCUGGAAACCACAGCCGCGCUCGGCCGGCAGAGGCAGCCCGGACGGGAGGACACCCGCCAGCCCGGACAGGAGGACAGA